AGGAGCCCCAAUUUUUCAGCGCCUCCACCUAACUCCGCUGGCGAGCACCAUGGCGACAAUCACGGAACCGUUGGACUUGAUCAAGCUGAGUCUGGAUGAAGUCAUUUACGUCAAGUGUCGAGGCGACCGAGAGCUGCGGGGAAAGCUGCAGGCAUACGACCAGCAUUUGAACAUGGUGCUGAGUGACGUUGAAGAGACUGUGACGAGUGUCGAAAUUGACGAGGAAACGUACGAAGAGAUCGUGAAUCAGGCGAAGCGUCAAGUCGAGAUGCUGUUUGUGCGUGGGGACGUCAUCAUCCUUGUUGCGCCGCCUUUGCGAACGGCCUCCACCAAAUAGACUCGACGCUCUAUUACGCUUGACUUGUCCGCCUAUGUUGCCGCCUGCCAUUCAGCUUGUCCACAUCUUGAUGAUAGCUUGUCGUUUGCCACGAUGCAAAAUGCACGUUCUCCGCUACAGGAUUGCGUCGAU